AUGGGUCUCAUAAUGCCCACUGAACAUGAGUUCCAAGCGCGCGAGCAAGGCUCAGACCUCCGCAACAGCCUUAUUCCCUAUUAUCUAUCCGAUCUAGGGUUCACUUACGACGAAGAAGAGCUGGUGGCUGCCAUUUGGAUCUUCGCAUGGCUCCCCGUGAACGAGGAAGGCUUGUACGAUAUCAUUCUGUCCUACUUCAAUAAGAAGCGGAUUUCUCAAAACGUGACGGAAGAAGAGAAGGAUUCAUAUGCGGAAAAGAUGUAUAUGAGCGGACUACUGAAGCGAGGAGGUGCACCGGACGCGUUUGUACAGCUUCAUUGGCCUAAAAUUCAGAGAAAUUGGAGAUACUAUGCCGAUAUGGUGGAUCGAUUGAUGCUUUUGACGGCAGAGGAGGAGUGGCUGACCGAGGAGGUUUACGUUCCGGAGGAUAGACAGACUGACGAGACUGGUAGAAGCGCUGACAAAGUCCCAGGGGUGAAGAUGGAGCGAUUAGCCAGACUUGUAUCGCCAAAUGAAGCUGAACUCACGGCCAGACAACUGUAUAGGCACGCAAGGAAUAUUUGGCAGCAAUACGAGCCGAAAACCGUUGGUACUGGUGCCGCGUUUUGGACAAUGCAAGACCGACAGACGCGUCUUGCAAGAGAGAUAUUCGAUGAUAACCCUUACGAUCAAAGCUCCACAUUCCAGGAUCCUCGAUAG